GACGCGACCAGCCCUCAUCAGACAAGGGAUCAAUGACGACGGUAUACUGACACACGACAACUCCGAAUACCAACGACCUCUCAAACCUCGGCCGAUUCUUCCGCCAUUCGACUCUAGGCAAAAUGCUGGCCCUUCGCGACGAGAACGCGGUUAACGCAGCUCAGGCUGCCAGACUGGCCCCCGGAAAAGGGCAGAUGGCCCCCAAGACCCCGGGGGCUCGAUACCCGAAGACGCCCUUGAAGAUUCCCCUCAACGACGAGAAUGCUGUCGGAGGAGCCAAAACGGCUCUUGCGCCCAAGUCGAAUGGAAACAUCCAGCGAGCCACUGUCAGGAAGCAGAACCUUGUCACCCCGUCUGAAACACGGGCUCGCGCGCCACUCGGAAACAAAACCACAAACGCAAAGGCUAGGGCCACCCAGGAUACCACUGGAGGAAAGGAUAUCGAGAAGUCACAGACGAAGCCCACAACCACCAAGAGGCUCAAGCAACGCUCUCCUAGCAUCGGUCCUCUAAAGCUCGAAGUUCGCAAUGACCAAGCCGGCCCGUCUGAGGAGCCUGAUGUGGAAUAUGCGCCGCCCCCCGCCAAAGCCUUGCCCUACGAGUCGGAUGUAUUUCCUGACGGAGUUUUGAACUUCGCCGGCCUCCAGCCGGAGAAUAUGUUCAAGGGCUACUAUAACCACUUCUACAACCCCAUGGGCGAGGAUGGCGUCAGACUGCAAGAUAGAAAGCACAAGGAGAAGCUGAAGAAGGCUUUGAAGGAGAGCGAUGAGCGUAUCCUCCGCGACAUUCGGGACAUGGACUGGUCCGUCUCUGAUGUCCCCGAGACCGCAGUCUUUGUCGGAACCAAGGCUCCCGUCCCAGCCCCCAACCCAGCCGUCACCAGAAAGGCAGCGGGAAGCACCACCAAGUAUCCCGCCACAAUCGCUUCAAGGAGGGCCGCGUCAGCUCUUGCGAUGUAUACGGGCUCUACUAUCCGACAGAAGAAAAUUGUCGAACAGAAGCCAACCGUCAGAAGGCCCAUCUCCGCCCUGCUUCCACGUGUCAGGCCCACCAAAUCCGCUACAGCGUCGAAGUCUACAGCUGCCGAGAGCGCCGUGGGAGAAGCCGCAUCGAGAAACACUCUGGGCUAUACAAAAGGACGUUCAGCCUCGUCUGUGGUUGGUAGACGAGCUCCGCUACCGCCGGCGGCUCGGUCUGCCUCGACAGAUGCCGCCACGGUUGCCCCUCCGAAGACGGUCGUCAGACGCGACGCAUCUCCUCAGAAGCAGAAACAGGAAGUUCAUGAGGAAAAGUACGAUCUCGGCCGAUUGCAGUUCCUGUCCAUUUUCGAUCCCGCUGGAGACAACGAAGACGAUGGCAUCGGUAGCGCCGGCCCACGGAACGAAGACUUCGAGGAUGAGGAGUUUGAAAUGAAGUUGAGCUUCUAGACUCUUGACAAGGUCAUCGGAUGGCGUCUAGAUAGGAUUACCCUCAUUUGUAAAAUAACGGGAUGGCGGGGUACCGGGAGGCGUUUGGCUGGCAUUGUUACCCAACAUCACACCCGUAAGAAGGAGGUCGAACGGGCGACCAAAGGAUGUGUUCGCGACUCGGUCGUCGCAUUAAAUUUGCUUUGUUAGAUUCUUUAUGACUUUUUGCAGUAGGGAUGAUUGAUACGAUGGGGAUCGGCUUUGUCCUAAUAGAGAAGGCCGCAGCUACUUCUAUUUCAGUUGUUUUCAAAUUUGCAGUACGAAAGAGAAAGAGAAAGGAAGAAGAAAAAACACUC